GCAGCACCUGGACCUGGCGUCGUGACCACUUACUAUUUGUCCAACAACGGCGGCCUGUACGAUAAGACGAAGACACAUCCGUGGGUUGAGCUCGACUUUGAAAUCAUGGGCAACAUGGCAGGUCCUGGUGGUCAGUCUCGCAUUUGGACCAACAUGUUUACCGGCAUCGCCGUCGAGCACAAUCAAUGGAUUAUCGUGCCUUUCGACGUGACGCAGGACUACCACGAGUAUGGGUUUGACCUGGGGGACAACUCCAUCUCUUUCAAGGUAGAUGGUGUUGCGUACCGCACCACUGACAUCCAGAAUUAUGACGAUGUCAGAUCAUCUAUUUGGUCAACAAGCUUUCAGGAGUUUGUUUCAGUGUGGGGACAAUCCUCGCAAGAUCCCGGAGAGGGCGUUCCAGACUUCCAAAACGCCAUGGGCCUGUUGGAUGCGAACCCCUACGGCUUCCCGCGUUAUGCUGAGGCAUUUGCGCGACCGAAGCUCAUCCAACACGCAGCUCAACCUAGGUCGAAGCAGCUCUUCCAGGGCUUCUCAGCGCCAGAGUGGCGCGACUGGGUCGCCGGGCCUGAUGGUUCCAGGUGGUGUGAGAAUAAGAGGUACGAGGCUGACCGAAUCGUUGAUUGGAUGGUCUGCAACUGGGGACUGCAGACUCUUUGCCGAGGAAGUGGUGUUUUAGAUGUGGGCGGCGAGCCCGGCUUCCUGGCUUCAGCACUACUUGCGCGCGGCGUGGGGGUCACCGUUGUCGAUCCAACAUGGAGGAUCACGGGGAAGGCCCACGCCUCCAAUGACUGCACCUGGCUUCGGAAGAGGCAUCCUUUGCUGCGCUUUGCAGCCUUCAGCCGGGAGUUUGACGAACGCUUUAUUGCCGACUAUCCACGACUUGUCAACGAUGCCAGUGUCGUCGUGUCUCUGUAUGGCGAUGAGGCUACAGGCCCUGCAUUGCGAUUUGCCGCCAAGGUUGGCAAGCCGUGCGUUAUCGUUCCCUGCAACGAGUGUGUACAGUUUUAUCCCGACUACAACAAAACCUACGAAGGCUUCUGCGAGGCGUUGCUCCACGAAGCGUACUGGUACGGCGGGCACUUUGAGCCCGUGCUUUUGGACAGUAUGCCGUUUUCCCGUACACUUCUCGUGCAAAAUCCUGUGGGUUUUCCACAUCAUGGGUACCGCGAACCUGGAGUUGAAGUCCAUGAAAGAGGCUGGGGCCAUGAAUCCGGACGGCCAUGGACGGGAGGAGUGGCUGGUCCAGACAGUGUAGCUUCGCAAGCUGGCGGUGCCAGCCAGAUUCGUCAGAACACGGGCUUCAUGCGCGCAUCGGACUGGGAGAGGCUGGCAGACCGAGAUUGUUUGCACACACGAUCGUCUCUUUCAGCGCCUUUCAGGCCUGUGACUUGCAGUGCUGGAUGCUGUUAA